CGUCGCUUUUGUCUCUUGUGCUGGGCCGUGGGCUGAGUUUCUUCUUUACUGUUGCAUCUUCAGGAGGACCUAGGCGUCUGUGUUGCAGCCUCUGCCUUUCUGUGACUUGCAGGUACUGGAACAUUUGUAGAGAGGACCCCAGGACACCCCGGAAUCUGGGAAAUGAGCCUCAAGCUGUCGCCCUGGGUAGAGUGCCGUGGCUUCACAACUCACAGCAACCUCCAAUGCCUGGGCUCAAGGGAUUCUCCUGCCUCCACCUCCCAAGCAGCUGGGACUACAGGCACCCAUCACAACGCCCAGCUAUUUUUGGUUGUAGCCGUCAUUGUUGUUUGGCAGGCCUGUGCUGGAUUUGAACCAGCCAGCUCAAGUGUACAUGCCUGGUGCCUUAGCCACUUGAACCACAGGUGCCGAGCCCACGCGGAUGUUUUUAAAGGCAUACUGUACAGGUGCAGCUGUAAUAUAUCCAGAUACUCUCACCUGAGAAGGAAAUGAAAAAGAGGAAAAGAGAAAGAAAUGAUUGCUUCUCAGGAACUGUUGACCUUCAGAGAUGUGUCUAUAGAGUUCUCUAUGGAUGAGUGGGCCUGCCUGGACCCUGCUCAGCGGAAUUUGUAUCGGGAUGUCAUGUUAGAGACCUACAGACAGCUGGUCUUCCUUGGGCUUGUGGUCUCUAAGCCAGACCUCAUCACCUGUCUGGAGCAAAGCAAAGAACCCUGGAAGGUGAAGACACACCAGACAGUAGUCAAGCACCCAGUUACAUCUAAUCGUUCUACCCAGGACAAUUCACAAGUGCUGGACACAAACAUUUUAUUACCAAAGAUAAUGCUGAGAAGAUAUCAAAACGAUGGCCCUGAGAAUUUAAACUCAAUCAACUACUGGGAUCCGGUGUAUGAGUAUAAACAGCAGAAAGUAUGUUACGAUGCUCUGGAUGAAUGUUUAACAGCUAUGCAUGGUAAAAUCUACCAAUGCACUAACCAUUUCCAAGUUGUGAGAAAAUUAUCAAGUCUAAAUAGGCAUAAGAUGAUAUAUACUGGGGAGGAAACUUUUGAGCAUAAAAAACAUGGGAAAGCCUUAACCCUAUGCUCAAACUUUGGAAAACAUAAGAUAACUCCUUUUGUUGAAAAGCAGUACAAAGGUAAAGAAUGUUGCAGAGUCUUUAAAUCUUGCUCAAGCUUGUUUAAACACAGGAGACUUCAUAUUGGAGAGAAAAUCUACCAUUGCAAAAAUGAUGACAAGUGUCUUAGCCACAGCUCAAAAUAUUCUAACCAUGAGACAAUUUAUAAUGGAGAGAAAACCUACAAAUGUGAAGAAUGUGACAAAGCCUUUAACCAUUACUCAACCCUUUCUAUACAUAAAAGAAUUCAUUCUGGGGAGAAACCAUACAAAUGUGAAGAAUGUGACAAAGCCUUUAACCAUUACUCAACUCUUUCUGUACAUAAAAGAAUUCAUUCUGGGGAGAAACAAUACAAAUGUGAUGAAUGUGGAAAAGCCUUUAAGCAGUCCUCAAACCUUUAUGCACAUAAAAGAAUUCAUUCUGGGGAGAAACCAUACAAAUGUCAACAAUGUGGCAAAACCUUUAAGCAUUCUUCAACCCUUUUUCAACAUAAAAGAAUUCAUUCUGGGGAGAAACCAUACAAAUGUCAACAAUGCGGCAAAGCCUUUAAGCAUUCCUCCACCCUUUCUAUACAUAAAAGAAUUCAUUCUGGGGAGAAACCAUACAAAUGUCAAGAAUGUAGAAAAGCCUUUAAACGGUACUCACACCUUUCUGUACAUAAAAGAAUUCAUUCUGGGGAGAAACCAUACAAAUGUCAAGAAUGUGGCAAAUCCUUUACGGAUGACUCAACCUUUUCUCGACAUAAAAAAAUUCACUCUGGAGAGAAACCCUACAAAUGUGACGAAUGUGGCAAAUCCUUUACCCAGCCCUCAACCCUUUCUCGACAUAAAAUAAUUCAUUCUGAAGAGAAACCCUUCCAAUGUGAAGAAUGUGGCAAAUCCUUUAAACAGUACCCAGCCCUUUCUGCACAUAGAAUAAUUCAUUCUGAAAAGAAACCCUACAAAUGUGAAGUAUGUGGCAAAUCCUUUACCCGUUAUUCAACCCUUUCUGUACAUGAAAGAAUUCAUUCUGGGGAGAAACCUUACAAAUGUCAACAAUGUGAGAAAGCCUUUAAACAUUCCUCACACCUUUCUCGACAUAAAAGAAUUCAUUCUGGAGAGAAACCCUACAAAUGUCAAGAAUGUGACAAAUUCUUUAGCCGGUACUCAAUCCUUUCUCAACAUCAAAUAAUUCAUUCUGGAGAGAAACCCUAUAAAUGUGAUGUAUGUAGCAAAGCCUAUAGCCAUUACUCAACCCUUUUUGUACAUAAAAGAAUUCAUUCUGGGGAGAAACCAUACAAAUGUGACAAAUGUGGAAAAUCCUUUAUCCGGUCCUCGAACCUUGCUGUACAUAAAAGAAUUCAUUCUGAAGAGAAACCAUAUAAAUGUCAAGAAUGUGGAAAAGCUUUUAACCGUUCCUCUUCCCUUUCUGGACAUAAAAGAAUUCAUUCUGGAGAGAAACCAUACAAAUGUCAAGAAUGUGGCAAAUCCUUUAAGGAUUACUCAAUCCUUUUUGUACAUAAAAAAAUUCAUUCUGGAGAGAAACCAUGGAAAUGUCAAGAGUGUGGAAAAGCCUUUAAGCUAGCCUCAGAUCUUUCUAGACAUAAAAGAAUUCAUUCUGGAGAGAAACCUUACAAAUGUGAAGAAUGUGGCAAAGCCUUUAACCAGUACUCAAACCUUACUGCCCAUAAAAGAAUUCAUUCUGGAGAGAAACCCUACAAAUGUGAAGAAUGUGGCAAAGCCUUUAAGCAGUGCUCAGCUCUUUGUGUACAUAAAAGGAUUCAUUCUGGGGGAAAAACAUACAAAUAUCAAUAAUGUGGAAAAGCCUUUAUCCAGUACUCAACCCU